GACUUCAAUCCAUUUCUAUGACAACAGCUCUGGCUGAGGAAAUGAAAAGUGCAAUGGAGGGUGACUGCAAGAGAACCAAUCAGGUGCCAGAGGACCAGCGAGAUGCUGACGAAAGCUCGGACAAGACUCCCAGCAAGGCUUCCAAAUCCCCUCAGAAGAGCAACAAGAGGCCGAAAACUGUCCCCGUUAAAGUCAGCUUGCUUGACGGCUCCGACUACGAAACCGCCGUUGAGAAAUUUGCCAAGGGCCAAACACUGUUGGACAUGGUGUGCGGCCAUCUGAACCUGUUGGAGAGGGACUAUUUCGGCUUGACGUUCCACGACUCCGACAGCGCAAAGCAUUGGUUGGAUCCGUCCAAGGAGAUUAAAAAGCAAAUUCGGGUUGGCUCCUGGAUUUUAGGGUUCUCUGUUAAAUUCUAUCCCCCAGAUCCAUCAGUGCUCAUUGAAGACAUCACCAGGUAUUACCUGUGCUUGCAGUUGAGGGAUGACAUCCUGUCCGGCCGACUGCCCUGUUCUUUUGUCACGCACGCCCUCUUGGGCUCCUACACUGUUCAAGCAGAACUGGGCGACUAUGAGCCAGAGGAACACGGGCCGGAUUACGUAGCUGACUUUCGCUUUGCCCCUAAUCAGACACGGGAGCUGGAGGAAAGGGUGAUGGAGCUGCAUCACAACUAUAGAGGAAUGAGUCCAGCAGAGGCGGAAGUGAAUUUUCUAGAAAAUGCAAAGAAGCUUUCGAUGUACGGGGUGGACCUACAUCACGCUAAGGAUUCCGAGGGAAUUGACAUCAUGCUUGGCGUGAGCGCCAAUGGUUUGCUCAUUUACCGAGACCGUCUAAGGAUCAACCGCUUCGCCUGGCCAAAGAUCCUCAAGAUUUCCUACAAGAGGAGCAACUUCUACAUCAAGAUCCGUCCUGGAGAGUAUGAACAGUUUGAGAGCACCAUUGGCUUCAAGUUGCCCAACCAUCGGGCCUCGAAGCGCCUGUGGAAGGUUUGCAUUGAGCACCACACCUUCUUCAGGUUGGUAUCACCAGAGCCACCUCCAAAGGGCUUCCUGGUGAUCGGCUCCAAGUUCCGCUACAGUGGGCGAACUCAAGCCCAAACCAGACAGGCCAGUGCUCUGAUCGACAGGCCUGCUCCUCUCUUUGACCGCUCUGUUAGCAAGAGGUACCUGCUUUCCCGAAGUAUUGACGGGGCUUCAGCUUUAGGUAACAGUAUGGACCAGUUGUCCCAGCGAAGCUCAAGUGAACGAACACAGUUCAUGUCCAGGGAAGACCUGGACCAAGAAGGCAGCCUGGACCUAGACCAUGAUCACUACCACUAUCCGGACCAGGACCAAGACCAGCAUCAUGACCCUGACCAGGACUUAGAUCUGUACCAAGGACCAGAGCACAUUCGUGGUGUGAGCAUGUCAACGUGCAGCAAGACUUUGGAGUUCAAGGCCGAGGAAGCAGCCUCGCCUGUAGACUCGAAACCAGAGCAGUUCUUGGACAAGCCAGAAGAUGUUCUUCAGAAGCACCAGGCCAGCAUUAAUGAGUUGAAGAAGGCCUUGAGGCAGCCCAAUAGCAAGAUGACCCAGCGGGAGAAACGCGCCUGCUCUGUUACUCCUCCUGGAGGAACCCCAGAGCGGAAACCAGAGACCCCUCCAACACCUGCCAUUCAUGAGGAGCCGCUAAGCGAUUCCUCGCGGGAGCCUUGGGAGAGACGUCUGGGUUCAGUGUCUGAGGACGAUCAAGACCACGAGAUCUCGUACUUGAAGGAAACCCACCUGGGCAUCGAGCGCAAAUGUUCCAGCAUCACCGUCAGCUCCACUUCCAGCUUGGAGGCCGAGGUCGACUUCACCGUCCUCACGGACCUGCAAACAGGCAUGGAGGAGUUCUCGCGGGGCAUGUCCGAGCUGGGUGAACGGGACUUGUCGCCCGACGGGGGGUUGCGCUUCGGGAUCGACUUCCUUCAGCACCAAAGCCCCCUAGAACAGUCGCCACCUUGGGUGUCGGCGCCUCCUGCGUCCACAGAAGCCAGCAGCAGCCCUCCAGCUAAAAACAUUCAAACCGAAGAAAUUCGGACGGAACCUAAGCGGCCUGAUGUGCAGCCUGUAGUGCCUAAAAAGCCCAAGAGGUCGGUGCCAGUGUCAUCUUCAGUGGACAGGGAGCAGUCACACAAAGAAGCCAGUCAGGUCACCAGCGCCACACCUUUGAGUAGGGAAGCCAGUGAUGUCAUCGGGAGGAAGACUGACGUCAGGACGGAGACCCAGCCCAAUGGGUCUGAGGUCACAACCACCAUAGUGGAGUUCACAGAUCAGGAUCACGGUAUGACUGGCCUGAGCGAAGUCUCUUACUCUUCAAGACAGAGCGUGUCUCCAGUGCAUAUGGGCAGUCUUGGAAGAGAGUCAACUGGGUCUCCUAUCCUUGUUACCGAAAAUGUUACAUCGGCGACAACACAGGUUACCAAGACAGUAAAAGGGGGCUACUCAGAGACCAGGAUUGAAAAGAGAAUCAUCAUCACAGGAGAUGAUGAUGUGGACCAGGAACAGGCUCUGGCCAUCGCAAUCCAAGAGGCCAAGCAACAGCAUCCGGACAUGCAGGUGACCAAGGCGGUGGUUGUUCGGGAAACAGAAUCAUCCAUGGAGGACCGACAUGGGGCAGAGUCUUGAUUUCCUGGGAUGAGAAGCUGUGACUUUAUCGCUCCAGCUGACAGCACCCCCCCCCCCCCACCCCCUUUCCCGGAAACCGAACUCCUUUUUUAAAUCUAAUUUUGCUUUUCUUAUUUCUGUUGAAAGAGAUUUGCAUUCUUGUGACAGAAUGCUUGAAGGUGAUGUUGCAAAGAGAACAAAAAAAGAAUGGUGGUUAACUUUCCCGAGGGGGGAAAACAAUUCAACAAGGUUCCAUUUGAAGCUUCAAAUGGAUUCGAUUCAUUUUUGGGCCAUGAUGGAGCCCUUGUCCAACUCUGUCAUUUUACACAAGAGACUAGGAGAUGUAUGUAGUAGUAGAGAACCUUGUUCGCAAAGCCCUGCUGUGUAUGUUUCUUCAUUAGUAAUGCAUUUAAUAACUUCCACGACUACUGAAAUGGACAUAUAGUUCAUGUCCUAUCCGCGUUGCACUGAUUGAGGAGCUUAGAGUUGAAUCGAAAAGAACAACAUCGCCCUCUGGUGGUGUAUUUAAGGCCCAACACCUAAUUCGAGUUUUGGGUUGUAUUGUAGAAGUAGCGUGUCUGAAUGUAACUAACUUGCAACUUGUUGACGGAUUGUACAUUUCAACAAUUUCUGCCUUUGGGUCUAGAAAUCAGGAGUUACGAAGGUACUUCCUCUUCCCAUACGGUAGCAGUUCAGCAUGUUUCAGAAGCGCCAGGUUGCUUCCCGUCUUUCCCCAGCCUAAGGAGCUCAACUGCAUAUUUGUGUAGUGAGUAGAUUAAGAUCAUCACCGGGCUUCUGUACCAGUAUUUGAGCUCAUACUCGCAUGGCAAUAUCUUUGCAUUAUUGGGCUUCAAUUGAGUAAUGCAUUUAAACCAACAGAUGCAGAUUGCAGAUUAUGACAGAAGCAGCAAAGGUCAAAUGAAUCGCAAUGCAAAUAAGAGUCGUGUCGUCUUUUAAAGAGGAAAUUUAACUUCCUGACGGGAAAUGAAAAGUGCUCACCCAAAUAAGGUGCAGAUUUACCCAGGGUACAUAAUCCUAAAACCCAGUGAUUGCUGAGAUAAUAAACUCUAUACAGGCUUUUUUUUUCCCCCACAUUUGACCUUGCCCAGUAUAUUUUUUCAUUGAAUACGCAUACACUUCUUUUCCCCUCCAGAAUGAAAAAUAACACUACUCUCUGUUGCAGUUCCGGCUUUUAUUUCUGCUUCAUUCAUUUCAUCAAGAUUGUUGCAAUUGAUCCCGCAAUGUGCAUCACUCCGAUUAGAAAUUAUUUUGACCGUGUGGUCGUGCAAUGUGCCACUUAUCAAUUAAAUGAGAUGCGAUUUGUAAAUUUUUUUUUUGGUAUCAAACUAGAAAUGUAAUUACUCAAGUGCCAGAGUGUUGACAAGGCCUCGGGACUUGUGUCCUCAUACCCAGAACUUGUGCAAAGGUUUGUAUCAUGUGACCGAUAACAGUUGUGAUAAUUUUUUUUCCUUUCUUUUGUCAAGAGGUAUGAAACAUUCCCAUGUGGUGUAGCUCCGUUGUGUGUCGUGAACGGAAUGGAAGAUGGACCAAAAAC